CUGGCCAGCUGUUUAAAAUGAUGAAAUUGUUUAUUGGUGUAAACUAUUAACAACAGAAUGAGUGUGGACAUAGAUAUUGCCAGCACGAUCAAGUUCCGCGACAUUUGCGACCUGUUCGAGAAGCUUAAGGCCACCAAGAAGGUGGUCAACAAGGAGGAGGUCCUCAAGAGCUACUACGAGUCCUUCUGCCGUCACCGCGAAUCCUUUCGCCGGCAAACCGGACUAACCGAUGACCAGGCGGAGAACGGAGUCAGUAGCUUCCAUUCGGUGCUGCGACUGCUCCUGCCGGGUGCGGAUACCGGAAGGGAGAGCUAUGGACUGCAGAUCACGGCGCUGGGCAGGCUCUACAUACGAGUGCUCCAGCUGCCCGUGGACUCAAGCGAUGCCAUCAUGCUGCAGCAUCGCAGCGGGAACAUGUACCGGGACUACGGCGAUGUCGUCUAUGCCGUCCUCAAGCCAAGGUGCUUCAAUCCGCCCAGCGAUCUGCGGCUGAAGCACAUCCACGAGAUGCUGGACACCAUUGCCAACGAGGACACGGAAGUCAAGAAGCAGCAGCUCAUCCGGUUCACGGAGCAGGCCUCGCCCAAGGAGCAGAAGUGGCUAAUCCGGCUGCUGCUGAAAAGCCUCGGUCUGGGCAUCGGGGAGCAGAAGAUCUUCGGGGUGCUGCACCCCAAGGCACAGGACAUCUACCAACGCUGCUCCGAUCUGGGGCACGUGUGCAACCUGCUGGCAGAGAGGAACGGCGACCUGGACGCCAGCACCGCCGAUAGCAAAUCGGCGGUCAAGUUCGUAAACUUGAAUGCCGUCAUCCGGCCGUUCCACCAGAUACGACCCAUGCUGUGCGAACGAUUUCCGGGUGACAUCCAGGAGUUGAUGCAGUCCGAUGUGCUCUACAUGGAGACCAAAAUGGAUGGCGAGCGAUUCCAGCUGCACGUCGAUCGCGGGCGCUUCAUGUACAUCUCCCGGAAUGGCGUGGACUACACCAGGAACUUUGGCAACGGCUACGAACGCGGCACCUUGACGCCCAAGCUGCGAGGUCUGCUCCCCCUCGGUCUGCAGUCCAUCAUCCUGGACGGCGAGAUGAUGGUGUGGGACACCAACCAGCUGCGCUUCCGGGAGAAGGGCGAGAACACGGACGUGAAGAGCCUGAAGCCGGAGGGCAGCUGGCAGCCCUGCUUCGUGAUAUACGAUCUGUUGUACUUCAAUGGCCAGAGCCUGCUGGACCACACCUACAUCCAGCGGGCAUACAAGCUGCAGAAGCUGAUCGUAGAGCAGCCCGGUGUGCUGCAGCUGAUGCGCGGCCGCAAAAUCGGAUCCGUGGAGGAGUUCAACCAGAUGUUCCAGCAGGCCCUCGACUCCCACGCCGAGGGCAUUGUGGUGAAGAAGCAAGGAUCCAAAUACGUUCCGGGCGUAAGACUGGGCGGUGGCUGGUACAAGGACAAGGCGGAUUACAUCAAGGGCCUGAUCACCGAGUUCGAUGUGCUGAUCAUUGGCGCCUUCUACAACCAGAAGCGCACCUUCGUGGACUCCUUUCUACUGGGCGUUCUCCAGCCAGCGCCCCCGAGCAGCUCCAAUCGGCCCGAGGUCUUCAGCAUCGGAGUGGUCGCCAACAAUACGAAGCAACGCGGAGUGCUGAAUCACACGCUGAAACCGCAUUGGCACGAUGCGGUUAAGGAGCCACCGCCGCUAUGGUUCCACUACAAGGCCAAGGAACGGUCCGGAUGCCCCGACCUGUGGAUCGAGCCACAUAACUCCAUCAUUCUGCAGGUGAAGGCCGCUGAUUUGGCGCCAAAUGCAGCUUUCCACACCCGCAAGGCUCUGCACUUUGCGCGCACUGAAAUGAAGCGAGACGACAAGUCGUGGAACGAGUGUAUGACACUCAGGGAGUUCAACGACCUCUGCGACGGCUCCUCGGCCAUCAAGAAGCUGAACAAGCGGCAGCUGCGACUGGAGGAUGUGACCACCAAGCGGAAGCAGCAGCGAAUGACGCCCGCGGAGCGGAGCCGCCAGGGAUUGGCCGUCUACGAGAAGCGCUGUGAGGUGGACCCAGCCGCGAGCAGCUCCCGCCUCUUCGGCGGGCUGAGCUUCUGCAUUCUGAGUGGAUCUGCCGGACGGCAGAGCAAACAGCAGCUGCAGGAGCUGGCCGCCAGAAACGGUGGUUGCAUUGUGGAGAAUCCGCUGCCCAACGAUCCCAAGUGCUUCUGCAUUGCCGGCGACGAGACAUUCCUGGUGAAGCGGCUCAGACUGCAGCAGCCGCGCACCUGCGACAUUGUGCGCAUGGAGUGGCUACUGAGGGUCUGCCAGAAGCAGGAGCUGGAGCUGAGGCCAAAGGACCUCCUAGCGGCCACAGAGCCACUGCAGCAGGAGUUGGCCGAGUGCUUCGACAGGCUGGGCGACAGCUACAACAAGGACAUUGCCAACGUAGACGAGCUGCAGGAACUACUGCAGGACAUUCAACUGACCCCAGAGGACUUGGCAGACAUCAGCACAUCUGAGGUGAACGCUCUGGAGGAUCAGCUGCUGGCUAAGAAAACUAACCUUAACAUGUUCCGCCAUCUGCACGCCUUUUUCUACGAUCCGCACGGCGAUGAGUUGGCCAAGGUUCUGUUUCUGCAAAACGGUGGCAAACUGGCCGACGAAUCCGAUCCGCAGCUCAAUCUUGGCUUCCUCUGCAAGUCCUCCGACCUGGAUGACAAUCAGUUUAGGCACUGGCUGGAUAACCAUUCCAAGUUAACUGCCGACAAAGUCCUAAAUUCUGCUUGGGUCCAUCAAUCGCAUCGGGAGGGCCACCUCCUGCCCAUGCGCGGUUUCGUCGAGGUUAUUUGUUAAAGCUCUUUAUACGUUUACAACAAAUACAUGUUUGUUUCUUAAUGUA